AGGAUGCUCCGCGUGUUCAUCCUCCGCGCCGAGAACCUGCUCUCGCCCGACUCGGACAUCAGCGACGCGUAUUGCUCCGCCAGCUUCCAAGGUGUGAAGAAGAGGACAAAGGUCAUCAAGAACAACGUCAAUCCCGUAUGGAAUGAGGGAUUCGAGUGGGAUCUCAAGGGGGUUCCCCUGGAUGCCGGAGCCGAGCUCACCGUGGUGGUCAAGGACCACGAGACCGUGGGCAGGAACAGGUUCCUGGGGGAAUGCCGGGUGCCCCUCCGGGAUGUCCUGGGCACCCCCAGCCUGGCGGCCUCGUUCAACCUCCCGCUGCUGGACACGCGCAGGGAGGGCACCGGGGUGACAUUCCCUGUUUCCAGGCGUUCCUGCUGCUCCAGGUGUCCUACCUGCCCCCCCCCGGGGGCCAUCCCGCUCUUCCCACCCACGGCCCCUCCGGAUCCGGCCCCGGCUGCGGCCGAGCUGGACACGGGCACUGAGGCGGCCGAGGAGGAGGAGCCGGAGGAUCCCGGGGUGACGGGGGACGAGGCGGAGCCGUCGUCGUCCUCGGGCCCCCCCGGCUCGGAGCCCCCCCCGCCCCACAGACCCCAAACCCAGCCCAGCCUGCGGGGCAGGAGGGCCAGGAGCAGUCCCAAAAAACCCCUGGCCAACAAGCCCCAGGACUUCCAGAUCCGGGUGCGGGUGAUCGAGGCCCGGCAGCUCCCCGGGAUCAACAUCCGGCCCGUGGUGAAGGUGACGGCGGCCGGACACACCAAGAGGACCCGGAUCCGCAAGGGGAACAGCCCCUCCUUCGACGAGACCUUCUUCUUCAACGUCUUCGAGUCGCCGUCGGAGCUGUUUGACACGCCCGUCUUCAUCACCGUGGUGGAUUCCCGAUCUUUCCGCCCGGACUCGGUGAUCGGGGAGUUCCGGAUGGACGUGGAGACCGUUUACUCGGAGCCAAAACACGCUUUCCUCAGGAAGUGGCUCCUGCUCUCCGAUCCAGAGGAUCUUUCCGCGGGGGCCAAGGGCUACCUGAAGGUCAGCGUCCUCGUGCUGGGGCCUGGAGACGAAGCUCCUCUGGAGAAGAAGGAGGUGUCCGAGGACAAGGAGGACAUCGAGGCCAACCUGCUGCGCCCCACCGGGGUCGCCCUGCGGGGGGCCCAGUUCUGCCUCAAGAUCUUCAAAGCCGAGGAUUUGCCCCAGAUGGACGACGCCGUCGUGGACAACGUCCGGCAGAUCUUCGGCUUCGAGAGCAACAAGAAGAACCUGGUGGAUCCCUUCGUGGAAGUCACCUUUGCCGGCAGGACGCUCUACUCCAGGAUCCUGGAGAAAAACGCCAACCCCCAGUGGAACCAGUGCCUGACUCUGCCGGCCAUGUUCCCUUCCAUGUGCGAGCGGCUGAGGAUCCGUGUGACCGACUGGGACCGCCUGACCCACAACGACGUCGUCGGCACCGCCUUCCUGGCCAUGUCCAAGAUCUCGGCCCCCGGCGGGGAGCUGGAGGUGGAUGACGGGCUCGGAUUCCUGCCGACCUUCGGUCCCUGCUACAUCAACCUCUACGGGAGCCCCCGGGAAUUCACGGGAUUCCCCGAUCCCUACGAGACCCUCAACCUGGGAAAGGGAGAGGGAGUUGCCUACCGGGGCAGGGUGCUGGUGGAGCUGGAGACCAAACUGGUGGAGCACCUGGAGCAGAAGGUGGAGGAUAUUCCAGCGGAUGACGUCCUGAGGGUGGAGAAGUUCCUGCGCCGCCGGAAAUAUUCCCUGUUCGCCGCCUUCUACUCGGCCACGAUGCUGCCGUGCGUGGAGGCCGCGGUGCAGUUCGAGGUCAGCAUCGGCAACUACGGCAACAAGUUCGACACCACGUGCCUGCCCCUGGCCUCCACCACCCAGUACAGCAGGGCCGUGUUCGACGGCUGUCACUACUAUUACCUGCCCUGGGGGAACGUGAAGCCCGUGGUGGUUCUGUCGUCCUACUGGGAGGACAUCAGUGCCCGCACCGACGCCCAGAACCUGCUGCUCCACACGGCCCACAGGCUGGAAGCCAACCUGGCGCGGGUCCAGCUGGCCCUGCAGUCCAACGUGCCCCCGGCCGAGCUGGAGGGGCUGGGGAACCAACUGCUGGACGAUGUCAUCGCCGACUGCAGAGUGUGA